ACAGAACUCUAAUCAGAUGGCAGUGGCUAAUCCCACGUGCAACCAACCCAUCAGUUCUUUCAUCACCCACUGCAGUAUUCUCUACACCUCUCUGGUGAUUAUUCCACACGCUCCCUCAGAGGCGCGUGAGCAAAUACUGUUCCUUAUUAACUCUGAGAGACCCAAAAGGAGAGAGCAAAGCCCAGUGCUCACCGUUCACUUCUUUGGCGCGCCGGUGACGGAAUUUAAGAACGAUCCGCCCGUCUCUCUAGAGAAUUGUUUCUGUCGUUCCUUCUCUUCAGCUAAACUGGAUUAGAGAUUGAGCGUUCUGGGUUUCGAUUUUUCUGCUGUUUCCAUAAAGUUUUAGAUGCGUAAAUUGAUGACCUUUCUGGAGGCACGAUAUUGUGAACCAUUGAGGGUGCUUUCAAAAGGUAUUUACUUCGUGAUAUUUACAGAACAGAAGCUUAUUAUGAAUUGGCAAAUAAUGGAUACCUCUUCCCUAUGUUGAUUUAAGGACAAUCAUGGAGGCACGCCCUGCUUUAUCUAUUCAGAGAUCGGGUGCGAAGCAGCUAAGUAAUCAUGGGGCGUCUGCAGCUCUGUCUUCAUCUUUGCCAGUCCUGCCAACCUCUCUAGAAGAGACAUACCCCAAAUUAUCAAACUCUCAACAGGUUUCCAUGGAAAACAGUGUUAUGACAAAGCCUACUGUCCACGCAAGUCAAUUACCCUCUAACAGUGGAGUAGUUGGCCAUCUAUUUUCAUCAUCUGCAGGCUUCUCAUCAGACCUUCAGUACUCUUCUGUUUCACCACAAGAGAAACAAUCUAGGAAUGCUCCUUUCAUUUCUCAAUCAUCUAAUGUGACAGCUGUUACUUUGCCACAAUCUUCGCAUUCAGGAUUGGUUCAGUCCACAACAUCAAGUCAGUAUGCCAAGGAAAACAAUGCUUCAUGGUGUCCAGAGUCACUGCCUGGUUUUCUUGAUUUUCCUGUAAAUAACCCUGUACAUAAUAAUCAAAUAGAAAGCAACAGUUGUAGUGGUGUCAUUGCAUCUGAGGAAUUUAGUAAACGAAGUGAUUGGCAGGAAUGGGCAGACCAGCUUAUCACUGAUGACGAUGCUUUGGCAUCUAAUUGGAGUGAGCUUCUAAUUGACACCAGUGUUGCAGAAAUGGAACCAAAGAUGGCAUAUCAUGUGUCGAAAACAUCUUCAAAUAUUCCAUCUCAGCAGCUCCAAGUUCAUCAACCACUUCCUGCUCCAUCUGGAGAGAUUCGUCCUGUUCUUACCCCUACUUCCUCAGCCAAUAGUGCCCCAUCCAAACCACGCAUGCGUUGGACACCAGAGCUUCAUGAAGCCUUUGUGGAAGCUGUCAAUCAGCUUGGUGGUAGUGAAAGAGCUACUCCAAAAGGUGUGCUGAAGCUCAUGAAAGUUGAUGGCUUGACGAUCUAUCAUGUAAAAAGCCACUUGCAGAAGUACCGGACAGCCAGAUACAGACCAGACUCAUCAGAAGGAUCGUCAGAGAAAAAAUUGACUCCUAUGGAAGAAAUAUCAUCUCUUGACUUGAAAACCAGGGGUAUUGAGAUUACUGAAGCUCUGCGAUUACAGAUGGAAGUUCAGAAACGGCUGCAUGAACAGCUUGAGAUUCAACGAAAUUUACAGUUACGGAUAGAAGAACAAGGGAGGUACCUCCAAAUGAUGUUUGAGAAGCAGUGCAAGUCAGGUACUGACGUGCUGAAGGCUUCAUCAUCUGCUAUGGAGAACAUCCCUGCUCCAUCUUCUGAUGCAAAUGCAAUCCAUGGUUCCCCUGCCAAAAAUGAAGUGGCAACCUCCCAGUCAGACCAUGACAAGACAAACACUGACACAGUUGAUGCUAAGUCCAUGUUGGCAGAAGGAUCACAUAAUCCAAGGGAGAAGCAAAAGAUACCUCAAGUUGAAGCUUCUGAGAGUUCCCAGCCAGAUAAUUGCGAGUCAAGUUCACAGCCUGCUAAACGUCCGAGAACAGAUGCCUAAGCCAUCAGCAUUCCACUGACAAGCGACAUUGAUUUGGUGGAAGAUUUUUAAUCUUUAUUAGGACAGAACCUAGAUGACUUGUAAUAGAGCUUUAGAACUUUGAGAUCCUACUGCUUCUGUUUUUAUCAUGUCCUUGCUUAUGUACUCUUAUUUAAUCCAUUAACGAGAUGGAUAUAUAAGAAAGGGUAAGUAACUCUUUUUUC